AUGACGCCUGUCCGCUUCGUGGUGGCUCUGCUUUUAGCGGCGCUCCCCGAAGUGGUCGGCUCUGAUCCAGUCCUCGGUUACCCGCUCCACUACCGCCACCGCCAUCCUCCCCCUGCGGUUCCCCACUUUCCUUACCACCUUUCCACCCUGCAGCGGUCGCCGAGGACGCCCCCGUCCGCGCUGGCACGCGCCCUGCGACCCCCGCCGGCGCCCCGUGCGCAGCGCCCGCUCGCCCUCCACGCGGGGCACACGUCCCGGCCGCCCCCCGGGGACUGCCCUGCCGGCGGGCCCUGGGUCAACGUGACGGACUUUGGCGCCCCGUGUCUGCGCUGGGCGGAUGUGCCCCCACUCCUGGAGCGGUCGGCCCCGGAGAGCUGGGCUCCCCUGCGAGGGCAGCGCCACAACUUCUGCCGGAGCCCCGAAGGCGCGGGCCGGCCCUGGUGCUUCUACCGUAACGCCCGCGGCCGGGGAGACUGGGGCUACUGUGACUGCGGACACGGGUUGGUCCGACUGCGCGGCGGCCCGGAUGGCUCGGAGGGCCUGGUGGAGGUGUGGGCCCGGGGAGCCUGGGGCGUCAUCUGCAGCGGCCACUGGGACGACACUGCCGCCUCCGUCGUCUGUCACCAGCUGCAGCCAGGGAGAAAAGGAGUAGCAAAACACACCCCGUUUGCCGGUCUGGGCCCUAUUCCCAUUUACUGGAGCAACGUCCGUUGCCGAGGGGAUGAAGAGCACAUUCUGCUUUGCAAGAAGGACGUCUGGCAGGGCGGGCCGUGUCCCCAGGAGACGGCUGCUGCAGUCAGGUGCAGCGCCGCCCCUGGCCCGGAGUCCCCUGUCCUGCGCCUGGCUGGUGGCAGCAGUGAGCGCGAGGGCCGCGUGGAGCUCCUCCACGCUGGUCAGUGGGGCACCAUCUGCGAUGACCAGUGGGAUGAUGCCGACGCAGAAGUGAUCUGCAGGCAGCUGGGCCUCAGCGGCCUUGCUAGAGCGUGGACGCAGGCCCACUUCGGGGAGGGCUCCGGCCCGGUGCUGCUGGACGAGGUGCGCUGCACGGGCAACGAGCUGUCUCUGGAGCAGUGUCCCAAGAGCCCCUGGGGAGAGCACAACUGCGGCCACGGAGAGGACGCAGGGGUGUCCUGCACCCCUCUGACGGACGGAGCCCUCAGGCUGGCAGGUGGGAAGGACAGCCGGGAGGGCCGCCUGGAGGUGCUCUACCACGGCCGGUGGGGCAGCGUCUGCGACGACGGCUGGACUGGGCUGAACACCCACGUCGCGUGCCGGCAGCUGGGGUUCAAACACGGCGAGCAAGCCUCUGCAGACGCCUUCGAGGCGGGCUCGGGGCCCAUAUGGCUGGACGACAUCCGCUGCUCGGGGAAGGAGCCCAGCCUGCUGUGGUGCUCCAGGUCGCCGUGGGGCCGGCACGACUGCAGCCACCGGGAGGACGUGGCUCUCGCCUGCUCCCCCGGCGGCCACGGAGACAGGCCGCCCCCGGGUUUUCCCGUCAGACUGGUGGAUGGGGAAGACAAGAAGGAAGGACGCGUGGAGGUUUUCAUCGGCGGCCUGUGGGGCACCAUCUGCGACGACGGGUGGACGGACAAGGACGCGGCCGUGACCUGUCGACAGCUGGGCUACAGGGGCCGGGCCAGAGCAAGGAGCAUGGCCUACUUCGGGGAGGGGAGAGGACCCAUCCACCUGGACAACGUGAGGUGCACGGGGGCCGAGGCGUCCCUGGCCGACUGCGCCAGGCAGGGCGUCGGGAGGCACAACUGCCGCCACAGCGAAGACGCAGGCGUGAUUUGUGACUACUUCAGCGGGAAAGCCCCAGGGCACAGUGACAACGCGUCCCCGCCGACCGUCUGUGGGAUCCGGCCGCUGCACCACCGUCGGCAGAAGCGCAUCGUCGGAGGGAAAAACUCCUUGAGGGGUGGCUGGCCUUGGCAGGCAUCGCUGCGGCUCAGGACGCCCCGGGGGGACGGCAGGCUCCUGUGCGGGGCCACGCUCCUGAGCAGCUGCUGGGUGCUGACUGCGGCGCACUGCUUCAAGAGGUACGGCAACAGCUCGCGGACCUAUGCUGUCCGGCUUGGGGAUUACCACACCCUGGUGCCCGAGGAGUUUGAAGAAGAAAUCGGAGUUCAGCAGGUUGUCCUUCACCGGGCGUACCGGCCGGACAGCAGUGACUACGACAUCGCCCUGGUCAGACUCCAAGGACCGGAGGGGCAGUGCGCCAGGUUCAGCAGCCACGUCCUGCCGGCCUGCCUCCCGCUCUGGAGAGAGAGGCCCCAGAAGACCGCCCCCCGCUGUUACAUCACGGGAUGGGGGGACACAGGACGCGCCUAUUCCCGAACUCUGCAACAAGCAGCCAUUCCCCUGCUGCCCAAGAGGCUUUGCGAAGAGCGCUACCAGGGCCGCUUCACCGGACGGAUGCUCUGUGCCGGGAACCUCCAGGGACACAGCCGUGUGGACAGCUGCCAGGGUGACAGCGGAGGACCCCUCAUGUGUGAGCGGCCGGGAGCCAGCUGGGCUGUGUACGGGGUGACGUCCUGGGGGCACGGCUGCCGAGUCAAGGAUUCACCGGGCGUUUAUACCAAAGUUUCAGCCUUUGUACCUUGGAUAAAAAGUGUCACCAAGCUGUGACUCAUGGAAACCUCAGGGGAAAAUACUAUUUUCAACCUCCACGUAGGUACUCAGCCAGAGGUGCCAGCGGACGGGGACUGAGGUCAGUGUCUGUGCUUGGGGUUGAAGACUGCGCCCCUCUGCUGCCUGCGAGCGUGCGGCCGGACCUCGAGGCAGUGCUGAUAGCCCUUCAUUAGCAUUGUCGCCGCCCCAGACUAGUUUCACUGGACACCAUAUUCAUUCUCAUUUGACCUGUAUCUGUCUCUUCUAUUUCUCAGAACUCUCUGGAAAUUGUUGCAUACAUAUUGAUCGUGCAAUAAGGCUAUUUUAACCUUUACUGGGAGAAUUCCUUAUAAUUCAGUCAGCGAUAUAUGGAUUCAAAUCAAGUGCCUGUAUUUGAAACAAUUUUCAUGUGUGUGUUUUCUGUGGCCUCAGUCUAGUGAGGAAAUCCAGGGCCAAGAGGUGAAGGAAUUCUGCUCCGUUCCUAGACCGGAACAGGUUCCUUGUCACAAUCUCCUAAGACAUUCCUGGAUGGUGCUUUGUACCAACACUAUGGCAAUCGUGAGGAAAAUGUUCUAGCUACCUUGUAUGUUCUUAGCAAAAUGUGGAAAAAUUCCUGGUAACACAAUAAAGAAUGUAUUCAAGUUGUUGGAAUCACAACCUAAUUUACCUAGAAUAGUUGACAUAUCUACUGUUACUUUUAACCAUUUCUAAUUUGUAACUGGGUAAUUUAUUCCUUCCAAUUAGGCUCUUUUCUGCACUAGGACCGAGUGCCAUCUGUUGAAACUUGAUGGUAAUUGACUCAAACCUGUAGAUUUAUUUCCCAAGACUAGCCUCAUAGUCCCACUUGAUACACUAAAAAGGUUUCCCAGCCUCCACAGUGGGGAAGAGCUCUACCCUUCACCCUGUUUAACUCACCCACUGGUUACCUGCUCAGGCACUGCAUCGAGUGGCCAGGCACCUCUGCACGCUACGGGAAGCUGAGUCUGACAGCACCCCUAGUCCUUGAAUGGGAAGCCAGGCCUGGACGGGACACGGUGAGGCUGCUGGGGAAAGGCUCUGUAUACCAACUCCUGAGAUGGGUCCCCAUGCUGACCCUGGUAUUUUGUGCCCCACCUCCCCGCCCCCAGUCCCUACCAGGGUUCUCCUGCCUGAAGGGUUUUCCCUCUGGUGGUUUCUCAGAUGGGUGCGGGAUAGCUGGUCCCUCUGCCCUCACAGCACAUUCCUGGUGGCAGUGCAAAGUCGGUGGGAUGCCAAGGGCAUGCCCCUCAGGAUGCUUGCAUAGUCCUAUUCAGACACGCUGAUGUCACAAACCGUCCCAACGCCUGAGGCAGUUUACAGUUCCACAGCCAAGGAACAGACGUUUAAACACAUACCGGUGCAGUCGGGGUGAAUUUCAGGAUUAAGAACGGUUAAUGCCCUUCUCUAUCAAAUCACAUCCUCUCUUUGCAAACCUUAGCUCUGAGAGAGAACCGGUGCUAACCUAACAGUGCUUUCCUUUCCAGUUCACUACCUUGGGGAAUGGCAGUGCUGAG